GCAGCUGGGACUCUACACUCGAGGGGUCGAGCCUGGCCCGCCCCGGCAACGGCGCGCGCUCGGCGGCGGCCCGGGGCCUGGGGUACUGGGAGCGGAGGCCGCGGCGGCCGGCGCGGGGAUGUCGGGGAGCUCGAAGGUGGUGCUGGGCCUCUCGUUGGUGGUGACGGCGGCCACCGUGGCGGGCGUGCAUAUGAAGCAGAGACAGGACCAGCAGAGGCUUCGUGACGGAGUGAUCAGAGACAUUGAGAGGCAAAAUCGGAAAAAAGAGAAUAUUCGUCUUUUGGGAGAACAGAUUCUUCUGACUGAGCAACUUGAAGCAGAAAGAGAGAAGAUGGUGUUGGCAAAAGGAUCUCAAAAAACGUGACUUGAAAUGCGUGUGAAAUAUUGAUGGAACAGACAGCGUUAAGUGUGUGUCAGCUGAGGGAACAGCUCAGUUACCUUAAGGGCGAUAAUUUUUUUAGGUUUACUUGUUCCGAUUGCUCUGGAGAUG